AUGAUAAAUUUGGCCCUUCACCCAACACCUCCGACUCAGUUUCUUACUCAUUCAGAAACCCCAGCACUGUCAUUCAUCACUCUAACCGGACCAACCUCAAACACCAAAGAAAUCUCCCAACAAGUUCGAAGACAUGUCAUGAAAGAUUAUGCUCGAAAGUCCAGGAGUAAGGAUUCAGUAACAGCAUUUACCGUCUCUCAAAUUCCUAAGCUGGAGAGUUUAGGAGAUCAUAAGGGGAGGUUUAGGCUUGACACUUGGAAGAAAAAGAAGGGUAAAGCGAAAGCUUCGACCUUAGAAGAAAACGAGAAGGAAAAGGAAAAAUCAGUUGCUCACAGAAAGAAAGAGCGACAAAGACGCACUCCCGAAUCAUUCUCAAACUCCAAACUCACACCACGCACUUGCACCAUUCCAUACAGCUCACCACACCACCCAAAACCAACCCUCUCCCUCGAACUCACCCUCGACCCCUUCAACACCCUCCCCAUCUCCCCCUCUCCAAACCUAAUCCACUACUAUCAAAAAAUCUACCCCAUGAACGGCAUAGCCAUAAACCCAACCGGCACAUUCUUCUCGCACGCCCUCAAAGAUCCCGCCUUGCUGCACUCAGUGUUGCAUCUCGUAUCCUUACACAUCUCUCUACGCUACCCACCCAACCAAAUCCAAGGCGACUCCGAAGCCGAAUCUCCCGAAAGCCUCUCUCACGGCAUUUCCGCAUUCAGUAUCAUCAACGCCCGUCUAGGAACUCAUGAAGGAAUCAGCGAGAUGACUAUUGCAAGUGUGGCUAUGCUUGCUAGUAAAGAAAAUCUGAACGGCAAAUACAACAUCUCAACCCUCCACAUGACCGGCUUACACCACCUAAUCCGCGCCCGGGGCGGCAUUGCCACUAUUUCCGGCGUAUUCCUCCGCAUCGUUCUUUGGGCAGAUCUCUGUUUUAGUAAUAUCCAAAGUCGACCCCCUUAUUUUGCUAGACAAGAUUUCGCUCCUGUGACGAUACCUGAGAUACCCUCAACGGACGACAAUUAUCUCGCACUUCCCCCGGCCCUCGACAAGAUUUUCAGCACUCUCCGGUAUCUGAGUUGUGUCCUCGAACCGGAAAGAGUGAGGUUUUUGGAUAGGUUGGAAGCGAGUACGUUGAUAUAUAACGUUGAAUACGACAUUCUCCUCCACAAUACUCCCCUCCCCGCCUUCACCACCACCACCAUUCCUCCCAUCCAUCCUCUCAUAACAGCAACACACGUCUACCUCUACAUCUCCAUCCGCGAAAUCCCAUCUACCUCGCCAGCAAUAUCGCUUAUGCUAUCACGCCUCCAAUCUUCCCUUAACACAUACCAUCAAACCCAAGAUCAAUCCGAAAAUACUGCCACUGACUCAUCUGGUACUGCCAUCUGGCCAGAAGAGGCAGUAUCCCGGAAGUCUAGGCCCGCCACCGCCGAGGCGAUGACAUACCACCUCUGGACCCUCUUCAUAGGCUACCUCGCUUCCGCACACAGAUCGGAGCGAUAUUGGUUCAUGUCAGAAAUUAAGAAAGUCCUAGACGCACUUGGAAUAGAGACUAUCGCAGGACUGCAAUCUGAGUUGAAGAAAUUGUUAUGGCGGGAAGAUUUUAUGAGGGAGGGUUUGGUGCUGGUUUGGAUGGAGAUGGUUGGGGAGGGGCAGACUGGGAUUGUGUAG